AUGACACUGGAUUAUCAACCAUUAUUUGAGAAUACAGCUACUAUCACAAGUACACCUCCUACUACUAACAAUAACUCCAAUUAUUAUAAUACUCCAGUCAAUUCAGGAUUCUCUUUUGAUACCCAAUACACUGAAAGUUUAUUUGAUAAUCAACAACAACAACAACAAUUGCAUCAACAACAACAAUCUAUACAACAGUUACAACCAGCACCUGCUGCACCACCGCCUCAACAACAAUUACAACAACAACAACAACAGCAACAACAACCUGAAUCUAUACAAUUAAAUGAUGAAAUAUUCUUUACCUUGUUAGACCAAAAUCAACUGCAACAACAACAAUUACAACAACAAUUACAACAAUCAAUUGGACAGUCUAUUGAUUAUUCUCAAGUUCAAAUGCAACCACAACAACAACCACAAUCUAGUAUGAAAGUAGACACGUCAACUAGUUCUAAAACAUUAAGUAAUAUGUCUUCAUCAAAUUCAUUAUCAAAUUAUUUCACCACUCCAAAUACAUCAGCAUCUUCAUCUUCUUCCCUGUCAUUUUCUUCUUCAUCAUCCAAUAUCAAUGUAACAACCCCCAAAGUAUCUUCAACUCCAUAUUUCGCCAGACAAGCAAGACAAAAUUCAACUUCAAUUCCAAUUGAUCAAUUAACUUUAUUAUCAUUACGUACUCCAAGCACAAGUAGUAAUUCCACAUCUAUUCAACCACAAGCACAACAGCAACAGCAACAACAGCAACAGCAGGCUGUUGCGCUUCAAUCAAUCUCACAACCAAAUUUUGAAGAUGCAGUCGCAUCUCCCGAUUUGGUAGAUGUUGUAAAUAGUCUUGAUCCCAAUUCAGUUGCUGCUGCCGCUGCAGCUGCUGAAGCUACAAUUGCUGCUAUGUCACCACUUCAAUAUGAAGAACCAACAAUCAAUCCAAAACAACUCUUUACAGAUAAUAAACUUAAUACUUCUAUAAGUUCACCAAGUUUAUCUACAUUGUUUAUGAAUACCAAUUAUCAAUUACCUACUCAAUUACCACCAUCUAAUUCAAAUAAUGCUGGUUCCACCUUGGUAUCACCUUUACAAUCAUCGCCACCCCAAUUCCAACCACAACAACAAUCUCAACAAUUGGUGUCACCACAAAUGACUCAAUUUCCUCAAAAUACUCUCCCACCUCAAAAAUUCUUACCCCAACAUUCAAGAUCAAUCCUGACACCACAUUUUGAUUUCGGAUUAAUCUCCCCUGAUCAUGACCUAUCCCCCUUGAUUUCAAAUUGGAUGAAUAAUAAUCCAUCAUCAACCACAUCCACAUCCACAUCGGAAUUCGUCACCAGUCCAAGAAGUUCAGGAUUUAAUACUUCUUCAACCGCAACUACUCCAAUAAUAUCUGGCACCGGUACGACUAAGAAACAUAGCAGAUCAUAUAGUGUGAAUGUGAAUCAUUCUCAACACGCUCAGCAACAUCAUCUCCCACAUCAUCAUCAUCUGAUGAUAAACCUAAAAGGUAUCAAUCGGAGAAAUUCCGCCGGAGCGGCACUUCAACAAGCUGCUGUGGCUUCACAACUGGUUACGCAAUUGCAAGCGUAUGGAUUAGGGAUAGUUAUGGAUGAGAAUAAUAAUGACAAUGAAAGUAGUAUUGGGGUGAAUGGAGUGAAGAAUAAGAGAAGGAAGAGUCAAGGAAAUGUGUUGGAAUUGGGAACAUCGUUGCAAUCGGGGCAGAUAUCGCCUACUAAUACGAGUAAUGGAGGAGCAGAAGUCCAACCAGAUGGGAAGAGCAGUAAUGGAGAAAGCGCUCCUACUGCCAGCACCACCACAUCCAACGGUAAGAAAUCAUCGACUUCAUCGAGUUCAAGCAGUGGUAGUAGUGGAGCAAAUAGCAAUUCAAAUGGUUCAUUCCCAUGUGCAGAAUGUGACAAACAAUUCAAACGAUCAGAACAUUUGAAAAGACAUAUUAGAUCAGUACAUUCGAAUAUUAGGCCUUUUCAUUGUAAAUAUUGUGAAAAGAAGUUUUCGAGACUGGAUAAUUUGGCUCAGCAUUUAAAGACUCAUUAUCGGGUUGAUAGUGAGGGCAAUGCUUGUGUGGUUUUGAAUCCUGCUGGGAUGAAGAUGAAGAAAGGGAAGAAGCUGGCCGGAGGAGCGAAUGCGACGGUGAAUGCUACGACAAGUGGGAUUAUACGAUCGGAAUAG